GGGGCGGGGAUGACUUCAUACGGCCGGCCGGAGCUCCGCGGCGAGCGGCGGCUGCAGCUGGCAGGUGGGACGCGAGCUGACGGAGCACGCGGCGGGCGAGGUGGGACUGCAGCCAGUGGCGGCGGGCGCGGGGACCUGGGGACCUGCGCCGACUCGGUACGGGGAAGUUUCCUGACUUUCUGAGAAGCCCUGGUUUCCCCGAAGUGAUUUCUGAUAGAAAUCUGGAGAUCAUCUCCAAGAAAAAAAGAAAUCAAGUAUAGUCAAUGAAUUAAAGACAAGAAGGUUUCCAAUCAGUCCCUGCUAUGUGGAUAUUUGGUAGCAAUGACUGAUGUGGAAACUACAUAUGCAGAUUUUAUUGCUUCAGGAAGAACAGGUAGAAGAAAUGCAAUACAUGAUAUCCUGGUUUCCUCUGCAAGUGGCAACAGCAAUGAAUUAGCCUUGAAAUUAGCAGGUCUUGAUAUCAACAAGACAGAAGGCGAAGAAGAUGCACAACGAAGUUCUACAGAACAAAGUGGGGAAGCCCAGGGAGAAGCAGCAAAAUCUGAAAGUUAACGCCCCACUUUGACCCUCUGCAACACCUGACAAUGUCUCAAAUCUCCAGGAGUGUCUGGAAUGCAUUUGUUUCCAUGAGUGAAAAGAGGAAAAAGAAAAUGGCUGUGCUGCAUUGCAGGAACCUGCUCGUUAUCAUGUUAAAAAUGAGGGCAGAGGCUGUGGCUGCAGGCAGACUUUUCCCUAUCUCUGUCAUUAGCAAUGGUUGAAAUCAUGUGGCUUUUGUUUGGGCGUCAUUUUUGUAUGGAUCCUUUCACUUGAUCAUAUGACGAAAUGCUUAUAGAGAGUAGCACCGACCUAGAUGAUGAUUCUUCCUGUAGCAUCUGGCCCCUCACAAUGUCAGAGGAUUUAAUUGUGUCUAAUUGCAAAGGGUUGAUUGAACACCAGAGUUUAAAUAUCUCUGGCUCAAGUGUUCACCCAGUAAAAGAAAGAUCCAGAAAGCACUGUUUUUAGCAUUAUGUAUCUGUGUGUUACUGCUGUGUUAUUUACACUGUUUUGUAUUGUACAAUAUAGAUGCUCAGCACUGCCCCCUUCUCUGAUUGCUUAUGAAAAACAAAAUAAUGUACAUUACUGUGAAUUUUUAUACCAAUCAUUUUUAAAAGGGCUGUCUUUUUUUUUCCAUACUGUGGUGGUGUACACAGGAUAGAACACACUUUUUAAAAACAGUCUUUCCCCUUGCUCAUUGUAUGUCGAUGAGUUGAUUAAGUCUAACAGAUUUAUCAAGACUCCAGUGCUGUAAUACACAGACAUUUGAAAAUAUCCAUUAAUGUGAAUAUUACCUGAAUUCAGUCUGUUUGGUGUCUGCACAGGCUGAAAUUCAAUCUGUCAAUUUUUUAUUAUUCUCAAGUGGAGAACUUCUCACAUUUAAUAUAUAUACACAUAUGUAUGUGAGAAUUUUGGACAACUGGAAAAGUAUAAAGGAAAAGCCAAGAUCAUACUGAGGACUGGAAAUAUUUUGUUCUAUGGAAUCAAAUUUCUCACAAUGCUGUAUGAUACUAUUUAAAUUUGGAGGACAACUUAUCUUCACAAAGCUGAAUAAGGUGGAAAAAGUAAUCUCCUUGCAAUCAUGUGGACACCAAUCACAAAAGUAAAGCCCUGGUGUUGUGUUUUCAUGUCUUUUUUCAGCCCUCUCAGAUCCAAAUGUUAUUAUGCACUUUUUAAUGUUUGUAAACUUUUACUAAUAACUAGUGUGAAUUGCAUUCUGAUACAAUAAUGAUUAUCAUUAGAAGCUAACAAAAUUCUUGUUACUACUGUGUUUGAUAGCCUCUGCUGUGUUUUAACAUCGUGGUUCUUAUAUGGAAAGUUUUUGUGAACUGUGUAAUGCCUCUGGUCAGUAUUAUGAAAUCAUUUGUCAGUGGUAAUAAAUAAGGAACCAGUAAUAUGCCAAUGGUUCAUGAA